UAAAAUAUUGAACAAUAGUCUUCGUUUGUCCAACCAUCGAUCAUCAUUUACAAUCAUCAUCCAUUAAAAUAUAGGCACUGGUUUCUUCUGCUCCGAUGAAAUCUUGGAAUCUCAGCAACAAUGGAACUGAAAUCUGUGUGUUUUGUGCGUUUGGGUGUCUGCGUCUGCUAGUGUGGUUGUAGAGAGAGAGAGAGAGAGAGAGAUGGGGGAGAGACACUGUUACAGAGACGUGCUUCCAUUUUCAGCUGUGAUAACCAUGGACAGCAUUACAGUGAGCAUGACCACGAUGUUCAAAGCGGCCAACUCGAGAGGGAUGAGCUACAGUGUGUUCCUCGUCUAUACUUAUGCCAUCGCUGCUCUUCUUCUUCUUCCUGCUCCUUUCUUCUCUCUCAAAUCAAGAGCGCUUCCUCCUCUCAGCCUGGCCCUAGCUGCCAAACUUGGCCUUCUUGGGCUCCUAGGGGGAUUUUCGCAGAUUUUGGGCUAUGCUGGGAUUAGCAUGAGUUCUCCAACUCUGGGUUCAGCCAUCGGCAACCUCACUCCCGCUCUUACUUUCAUACUUGCCUUCCUUUUCAGGAUGGAGGAGGUGUCACUGAGCAGAAGAAGCAGCCAGGCCAAGAUCAUUGGGACUGUACUGUCAAUUUCUGGUGCAUCUGUCAUCACUCUCUAUAAAGGUCCCCCAGUUAAUUUCACUCCGAAACCUUCUCUCUUGCUGUUUCCCCUUGUGGACGCAUCAAACUCGAACUGGGUUGUUGGGGGGCUUCUCCUCACUGCUGAAUAUAUUUUGGUCACUUUGUGGAACAUUCUUUUGGCACAGAUAAUGAAGGAGUAUCCAGCAGAACUGACUGUCACCUUCUUUUGCAAUGUGGUUGCAAGCCUAAUAACUGCCAUUUUAUGUUUAGUAACGGAACAUGAUAUGAGUGCUUGGAGAGUGCAGGGUAUAGCACUGGCCUCAGUAUUGUGCUCGGGCCUUUUUGGACGAUGCUUGAACAAUAUUGUUCACACAUGGGCAAUCCAGUUGAAAGGCCCUUUCUAUGUCGCGAUGUUCAGGCCAUUGUCAAUUCCAGUGGCUGUUGCCAUGGGUGUCUUCUUUCUUGGCGACACACUUCAUCUGGGAAGUCUUAUUGGAGCGACCAUACUGUCCGUUGGGUUCUAUAUUGUGAUGUGGGGGAAGGCGAAAGAGGGAAUGGGUGAGGAGUCUGUAGAGAGUCGGAUGGAAUCACCAUCCUUUCAAAAAGUCCCUCUACUGCGAUGACCGUUAACACAAAUUAAGUGUAGAACAAAUUUGUGCAGAUGGAUUGAAGAUAGGUGCUACUUGGAAACUUCGUGAAAGUUUCCUCCCCCCCAGUAAGCCUUACAAAUAGGUGUCAAUAUCAUAUUUAUCAUUGAUCUGAGUCCAAAGGGUUCAAAUUAUGAUGGCCCAUCGAUCCCAAAGCCUGGAUUGCUUGUUCAAAGCAUGGAAGAUGUGGAUGACGGUGUCACUCUAUUUACAAAAGCAAGCUGUGACGUGCAAGAAUAAUGGGUCUAUUGCUUCCAAUAUAGUCCAUUUAGAUGUGUACAAGUCUCUAGUCUGUAGCUACAGAUAUUUGUUGCUUUUGAUUUGAAUGAAUGCAGCUAUAGAUGUAUUUCAAGGUGAUAAAUGUUUUUUUUUUUUCCCGACACUGGCAUGAUCUAAGUGCUUUAGGACAGUAGUUUUUCCGUUCUAUGCACAUAUAAUCACCUUGAAGGUGCUCUCAGUUGUUAUAAGAAGUUCGCAGCUACAGUGACCAAACUGUACGAUUUCAUCAAUCUUUGCUAAAGUUAAGCUAGUGUGGUUUUACAAUGGGCACCCUCGGGGUAUCCUAGCUGAGGUUGAUUCGAAUAGACUAACAUAUGAUGCUGCUGUAAGCAAAAUUCCUAAGCUGGCUGAGGUUGUUGGAGCAAAUGAGUGGUGUUGGCCCCCUGGAAGAUCAGACCAAUUAGUGGGCAUGGAGGGUGCAUUGUGUGGUUCAUUUGCUGCUUGUACUGAUAAAGAAGAUAUGGUGAUCUUAACUGGUUCUAGGUCUUGGGAAGUUUUGCCUCUUUUGAUGCCUGGAACCUGCUUAGGGAAGGAAAACAGAGGAUUUCAUUGCAUAAAAUUGCGUAGUUUCACCCUAAUGUGCCAAAAGUUGCUC